CUGCCCCGCUGCCGGGCGGCGGCGCGUAGGGCAGCGCCUGGGCGCCCCGGGAGGAUGUCGGGGAGCGGCGGUGCGUCGCCGCCGUUGGCGCUGUUUCUGUUGCUCCUGGCGGCCCCGGGCUUUGCCCAACCGGCGGGGGAGGCCGCCUGCCGCCCGGUCAGAGCCGCUUUCCAGGUGCUGCAACCCGGAGCCAAGUGGGUGCCCGAGAGCCCCGUGCCAGGGUUGGACCUGCAGGUAUGCAUCCCCAAGGGCUCCACGUGCUGCUCGAGGAAGAUGGAGGAGAAGUACCAGGUGGUGGCCCGGCAGAACAUGGAGCAGCUCCUGCAGUCUGCCAGCAUGGAGCUGAAGUUCCUCGUCAUCCAGAACGCUGCUGUCUUCCAAGAAGCCUUUGAGAUCGUAGUGAGGCACGCAAGGAACUUCACCAACAGCAUGUUUAGGAACCACUACAAGAGCAUGGGGCCCAGAGCUCUUAAGUUUGUUGGAGAACUUUUCACGGAUGUCUCGCUGUACAUACUGGGCUCUGACAUCAGGGUUAAUGACAUGAUAAAUGAAUUUUUUGAUAGUUUAUUUCCUUUGGUCUACUCCCACUUGAUCAAUCCUGGCUUCCCGGAUCCCUCGGUGGAAAUGACUGAAUGCCUGCGUGCAGCCAGGAGAGACCUCAAGGCCUUUGGUAACUACCCGAAGAUGAUGAUGACGCAGGUGUCCAAGUCACUGCAGGCCACGCGGGUCUUUCUGCAAGCACUCAACCUGGGAAUCGAGGUGAUAAACACCACCGACCACCUGAAGCUCAGCAAGGAGUGCGGGCGGGCGCUGCUCAAGAUGUGGUACUGCUCACACUGCCAGGGGCUGCUCCUGGCCAAGCCCUGUGCUGGGUACUGCGGUGCGGUGACGUACGGGUGCCUGGCGGGGGUUGGUGAGAUCGACCGUCACUGGAGAGAUUACAUCAGCUCCUUGGAGGGGUUGACCAAGGGCAUGCGUGGUGUCUAUGACAUGGAGCACGUCCUCCUGAACCUCUUCUCCCUGGUGCGGGAUGCGGUCAUCUACGUGCAGAAGAAUGGAGGAAAGCUCUCAGCAGCUGUCAGCCGGCUCUGCGGUCACGCUCAGCAGAGGCAGUAUCGAUCCACUAAUUACCCUGAAGACCUCUUCAUUGACAAAAAAGUCCUGAAGGUGACUCGCAUAGAGCAGGAAGAAACGCUGUCAAGCAGGAGGAGGGAACUGAUUAUGAAACUGAAGUCUCACAGUGAUUUUUACAGCAGCUUGCCAGAGUACAUCUGCAACCACAGCUCUGCUGUUCAGAACGACACCAUUUGCUGGAAUGGGCAAGAAGUCGUGGAGAGGUACAGUCCCCAAAUCCCAAGGAAUGGAGCAAAAGCUCAGCCUGGUAACCACGAGGGGAAGAUGAAAGGACCUGAGCCAGUGAUCAGCCAGAUUAUUGACAAGCUGAAACACAUCAACCAGCUGCUCAAAGGGAUGGCUUUGCCCCACCGAAAAGCUACAGGCAAAACCCCAGAGGAGGAGGAAGAGGAGAGUGGAGACUGUGAUGAUGAAGAUGACUGUGGCAGAGGCUCUGGGGAUGGAGAGCUGCGAGUGAGGAACCAGCUCCGAUUCUUAGCAGAGCUGUCAUAUGACCUGGACAUGGAUGACACGUUGACCAACAAGCAGCUGCUGAACCAGCACAACAAGAAUGGGGCUGCUGUGCCCAACACUGACCCCAGCAGCAUGGCCCCACGCCUUGGCCCUGCUGCUGCCAUCACCUUAGCCCUGCUGCUGGGCUGCUGGCCCUGAGCAGUGCCUUCCCAUCCCUUUUUUUAAAUGAGUAAAAUGUUCAGAAUCUCCCUGGAAUAUAUGCACAUUGCCAAAGACAGGGCAAAGGACUUGAGUGGAUUUUAUAAAAUAAUACGGUAUCUUCACCAAAAAAAAAAAAAAAAAGAAAGAAGAAAAAAAGAAAAAAAAGGGUUUGUUCAUGGUAAACUAGUAAAUACGUCGCAGUGGUUUUUAAAGAUAAUCCUGUUUAAUAUAAGAAGGUCGAUAUUAAAUUGUCCCUAGCAGUUUUGGAAGACUGAGCUCUGCCUUGCCUUUAAAUGGAAGGGCGCGUUUCAUCUUGAGUUGUUUGAAUGUGCAUGGGGUAAAGAACACCUACGACUUAUGAAGUACUCUCAGCAAAUAUCAGCCCUCUGUUCCCAGUUGACUUAAUACAGACUUUUUCUGUGGUUGAUGCAAUUUUUGUACUCUCUCCAAAUUGGGGAGUCACCCUGAGGCACCCGGCCAGGAACAGAACCCGGCAGGACUGGGAAGAUCGGAUAUAAGGUCAAGGAAGAAAGGUGCUGUUGGUACACGUGCUGGGACUGCCAGGUAUUCGCUAGCCUUGGCAUAGCUCUGGUGCCACCAGCCCCAGUGCUGCCAGGCAGGUGGCAGCGAGGGAACCUCACAGCAGUUGGGAGUGAGGAUGGAGAAUAGGAGCACUGCCUUUCUCUGGUCUCCAGCUGUGGCUCCCCACCAAGGAUGCCCAUGUGUGCAACGCCCUGGUGGAGUUCUUUGGAGCAAAGCACCACCUUUCCCAUGGGAAAUCUGCAAACACAGCUCCAGACAAAGGACAGACAGCGUGGUUGUGCACACCGCCGUGCUUUAUGGGGAUGAAUAACGCAUCCAACACACUGUGCUACAAAGGAGGAAAAGAAAAGGAUUUGCAGGAUCCCAGAGGCAGAUGAGACUCUUGCUCAAGUGUUUCUUUGCAUGCUACUUUGCUUAAGCUGUCUCUAAAAUAAAGGUCAUUUGCUCUAGACAUGGUGCACAGCAAGUAAGCUCCUGGUGUGCGAGGCGAUGCUCGGCAUUGUGAUGCUCGGCUCUGGUCUUGGAUGGGCAGCCUGGAAUGCCCAACUCAGGGGCACCACAGAAGGGCUGCAGGUAGGCUGAUGAAAUGGGCAGGGGCCAGGGAAUGUUUGGUUUGGUUCCCAGCCAGAAUGGUUACAUAUUUCAGAUUAAGAUGCUGCUUUUACUGGAGUGAUCCUAUCUGCAGUAUCUUAAGCUGCAGUGUGCCUGUGUGCACACAUGCACGCACACAACCACACUUAUGUGCAUGCUUUAAAUAUUUGUGUGCUUCUAACCUUAUUUAAAAAAA